UCAGACUGGUCCAGACUUGCAUCCUCCAAAGAUGUGGGGAUGAGAUGACAUCAGAUUUAAGGAUGUCGGACCCGGGGGUCUGUGCAGAGACGGUACAGAAGUCGAAGACUGUGCAGAGGUGGGAGACGGUGGAGAAGUGCGCCGGUUUCCUGGCGUUGAUCUCCGUCUGUGUGCUGAUCCUGACCGGCGCUCUGGUCGUGCAUCCUGUACUGCAGGGGUCCACGCUGUCCUACCGUCCUGCCACCUGCACUACAGCAUACAGCUACAAGGCCGGAGGUGAGCAGUGCCACUGCGGGAAGAACUGCAGGUCGGUCGCACGCUGUCUGGUCGUCAUGGUAACGAUCAACUCCAGCAGCCCCGUCCUGCUGGUACAGAGUGAGGAGGUCAUGCGUGUGUCAGACCAGUGUUCCCUGUACUACUGCCUGCGUGACAGAGGCUACAUGGACCGACUGAUGGAGGAGUUUAAGGAGGAGUAUGGACAGCACGGACAGACGUAUCCGUGCCUAUACAACCCACACGACCCACAGGUACACACAGAAAGUCAUGCUGGAACGUAUCUACAACAAGUGGUCCAUCUUCCAUGCGCUGUUCUGGGCAGGGAUGACCUUUGUACUGUCCUGUUGCUGUUGCCUGUGUGUUCCCGGAGGACUGGCCCGGAAACAGCAAACACCAACGGGAUUAGCCAGCAUGCAUGGACAGCAAACGACCUUGGGGUAACCUUGAUGCUGUCUUCGUGCUGUUGCCUGUGUGUUCCCGGAGGACUGGCCCGGAAACAGCAAACACCAACAGAAGUGAGUGGAGUAGCCAGCAUGCAUGGACAGCAAACGACCUUGGGGUGACUUUGAUGCUGUCCUCGUGCUGUUGCCUCUGGGUUCCCGGAGGCCUGGCCCGAGGACAGCAAACACAGAAGUGGAAUAGUCAGCAUGGACAGCAAACAUCCCUGAGGCGACCUUGGUGCUGUUCUGCUGCUGUUUACAUGUGGUUGCCGGGACAGCAAAUGACCAAAAUCAACAAAAUUCAUCUUCUAUCAUGACUACAACCCUUACUUGAAGUAAUCUUUUCUGGUAGGAGUAUGGAUUCACUGGACCAAAAAGUUGAACUUGCCAUCAGUCCUUCGUUUGUUGCAAAAAAAUUGUUUUAUUCAUUGCAAAAGAUAAACAAAAACAUGACACACUGUACAAAAAAUCUAAAAAAUAACUUACCUUAACAAAACACUUCAAAAACACAGCUUCAAGAAGCCUAAAAAAGGGGGCAACAAAUCUUCAGCAGUCUAUCGCUGCCUUCAUUCAAAAUAUUUUACAAAACGAUAUUUUCCUAAGUGUUGAAAGUUUAUAGCCUCUACC